UGUAAAGGUGAAAUAUGCACUUUAGCAUCUGACCAUUCUCUAAGCAUGGUGCUGAGUGAACCAUUCUUUUGUCCGAAUGUUGUCUUCUCCAUAGGUUGAGAGACAUAUCGGAGACAGAGAAAGAGACUCUUCUAUUUCCCCUGAACACUUCAAUCAGCUAUGGCUUCUUCGGCCAUUGAAACAGAUGGUCAAGAAAUCCUUGACCUUGAGAAAAAUAGGCAGGCUGAAAUGUCUCAGUGGGUGCUCAAUGCUCCUGAGCCACCUAGCCUGUGGCGAGAGCUCAUGGAUUCCGCCAGGGAAACUGUCUUGCCUCGUGGCAAGAGAUUUCCAUAUCUCAAGGACAAGGAUGGCCUUUCCAAGACAGUAAUUUCAGUCCUGCAGGCAAUGUUUCCUAUCUUUAGUUGGUGCCGGCACUACAACGCAACAAAACUCAGGAACGAUCUUUUGGCGGGUCUAACUCUCGCUAGUCUCUGCAUUCCUCAGAGUAUUGGAUAUGCAACUCUAGCGAAGCUUGAUCCCCAAUAUGGCCUCUAUACAAGUGUUAUUCCACCUCUCAUUUAUGCUGUAAUGGGAACUUCAAGGGACAUAGCAAUUGGACCAGUGGCUGUGGUUUCACUGCUUAUGUCUUCGAUGGUUCCGAAACUAGAAGAUCCUGAGGCUAAUCCAAUUGCCUACAGAAAUCUUGUUCUUACCACAACCUUUUUUGCAGGAAUUUUUCAAGCUGCAUUUGGACUAUUUAGGUGGCUGGGUUUCCUUGUGGAUUUUCUCUCCCAUGCUGCAAUUGUUGGGUUUGUGUCAGGGGCAGCCAUUGUCAUCGGUCUUCAACAAAUGAAAGGACUACUUGGGAUUGCUCAUUUCACAAAUAAGACUGAUGUUAUCUCUGUAAUGCAAGCUAUUUGGAGAUCAGUUCAUCAGUAUUGGAAUCCGCAUAAUUUUAUACUCGGAUGCUCAUUCUUAAGUUUUAUUAAAUUAACCAGAUUUGUGGGUAAAAGGAAUAGGAAACUCUUCUGGCUGCCUGCAACUGCUCCUUUGAUUUCUGUUGUUCUCUCAACUCUUCUAGUUUAUCUGACCAGAGCUGAUAAACAUGGGGUAAUGAUUAUAAAACACAUUAAAAAGGGCUUAAACCCAGGCUCAAUCCAUGAGUUGCAGUUCAAUAACCCACACAUCGGAGAAGUUGCUAAAACUGGACUUAUAGUCGCUGUCAUUGCGAUCACUGAAGCAACUGCAGUAGGCCGAUCUUUUGCAUCCAUAAAAGGAUACCACAUCAAUGGAAACCAAGAAAUGGUGGCCUUUGGAUUUAUGAACAUUCUGGGGUCUUUCACUUCUUGCUAUGUAGCAACUGGUUCAUUCUCGCGCAGUGCUGUAAAUUUCAGUGCUGGAUGUGAAACUGCAAUGUCAAAUAUUGUGAUGGCCAUUACUGUGAUCAUAUCUCUGGAAUUGUUCACAAGGCUUUUGUACUUUACUCCCAUCGCAGUCCUUUCUGCAAUCAUUCUUUCUGCUUUACCUGGGCUCGUUGACCCUCAUGAAGCAUACUAUAUAUGGAAGGUUGAUAAGCUAGAUUUUCUUGUUUGUAUUGGGGCCUUCUUUGGGGUAUUAUUUGCAUCGGUGGAGAUCGGUCUUCUAGCUGCGGUGAUAAUAUCUUUUGUGAAGAUCAUUAUAUUCUCAAUCAGACCAGGCACAGAAGAACUUGGAAGACUCCCUGGAACUGACAUUUUUUGUGAUGUCAAUCAAUAUCCUAUGGCUGUUAAGAAUUCCAAGGCUCUCAUAAUCCGUGUUAAGUCUGGUUUGCUCUGUUUUGCAAAUGCCAACUUUGUCAAAGAAAAGAUCAUGAAAUGGGCAACGGAAGAGGAAGAGAACGACAGUCAAGGGAAAAGGACUGUUCAAGUUGUGAUUCUUGACAUGUCCAAUUUAAUGAACAUUGAUAUGUCGGGAAUAGCUUCCCUGUUGGAAUUGCAAAACAAUCUGGCCUCGGGUGGAAUGGAGCUAGCCAUAACAAACCCUAAGUGGCAAGUGAUUCACAAGCUAAGGCUAGCCAACUUUGUGACGAAAAUGGGAGGAAGGGUCUUCUUGACAGUUGGAGAAGCUGUGGAUGCGUGUCUGGGCGCCAAAAUGGCUGCUGUUUAAGCACGUGUACUUUUCUAAUUCUGCUAGCUUUCGUCUAUCUUGUGUGAUCUAGUUCCUCUUACUGGGAUAUAUAACAAAGCGAUGCUUUCCUCUCCUCCAAUCCUAGGAGUACUUGCAGGUCCAAGAGGGAAAGGAAAGCAGCAAUUUGUGCUUCUGCUGGCAUUAAGUUGUGAUUUUAUGCAUUAGACUAUGAUUUAAACCCUACCCUUUUGUUAUGCGAAAUGAAUUAUAGGUUUCUAA